GUCUGUCUCCUAUUGGCUCACAACUGACUACAGCUCUGUUGUUCAGUACAAAUUGAAGGAGCCCACACCGACAAUAAAUUACAGAUAGAUGAUCUAUAAUGAUUUUCACAAUACUCUAACCAUUUCUGAUAUAUAACGAUAUUCGUGACUGUUGUCUGUGAGUCUCCGACAUACGGAGGUUUGUUUUCUAGUGAACCAUGCUAACAUUGCUAGCUAACUAGCCAGCGUCUCGUCGCCUCCUCUUCACCUUCAUGGCUUUCUGCUGUUGAGUCUGUCAGGCUUGUGCUGGAGGCAGCGAGGCUAACAAAUUAAUGCCAUCGGCCAGGAACUCCGGUCAUAUUAUGAGUGGGGCGAGUUGCAAAGCUAACGGCGCCGUGUACCCCGCCUCGUCGGCGAUGAUGAACUCCGUGAAGAAGCCGAAGAUGGAGCAGAUCCAGGCCGACCAUGAGCUGUUCCUGCAGGCCUUUGAAAAACCAACUCAGAUAUACAGAUUCCUUCGCACAAGGAAUUUGAUUGCACCCAUCUUUUUGCACAGGACGCUCACCUUCAUGUCUCACAGAAACGGACGAUCAAACGCCAGAAGGAAAACAUUCAAAGUGGAUGAUAUGUUGCAGACAGUGGAGCGGGUGAAAGGAGAGCAGGAUUCUCUAAGUUUGUCAUCACAUCUACAGUUAACCUUCACUGGGUUCUUCCAUAAGGAUGAAAAGCCAUCUCAGAAUUCCGAAAAUGAACAAAAUUCUGUAUCCUUAGAGGUGCUACUUGUCAAAGUCUGCCAUAAAAAACGCAAGGAUGUCAGUUGCCCAAUAAAACAAGUGCCUACAGGUAAAAAGCAGGUGCCUUUGAAUCCAGACGGUAACCACACCAAGCACGGAUCCUACCCUUCCUUACUGGUCUCCAGCAACGAGUUUGAGCCCAGCAACAGCCACACGGUCAAGUCCUACUCGCUCCUGUUCAGGGUGUCGCGCACCGGGCGGAGGGAUGCUGCUGGUCUGGUCAAUGGAGAAGCCAACGAGAACAUUGAUGUAAUAGAUACUCCCAGUAGGCAGAAGAGAGGUUCAUCCCAUAGAGAGGAGGGGGAGACCACGGAGACCUUCGUUGCACAGAUGACCGUCUUUGAUAAGAACCGGAGAUUACAGCUGCUGGACGGGGAGUACGAGGUGUCGAUGCAAGGGAUGGAGGACAGUCCCGUUAGCAAGAAGCGAGCUACAUGGGAAACCAUUCUGGAUGGGAAGAGACUUCCACCGUUUGAGACAUUUUCUCAGGGACCCACAUUGCAGUUCAUGCUCCGUUGGACAGGAGACGCCAGCGGAAAGUCCACUGCCCCUGUGGCAAAGCCUCUCGCUACGCGCAACUCGGACAGCUCCAGUCCCAUGGAGACCAGAACCAGCAACCACCGAGCCGCCCUCAUGAUGAAAGAGUCGGUGAGCACAGACAUUCAGACGAGAAAAGAGCAGGUCCUGUGUGAGCCGCGGCAGAAGCUCCGUAUAUUUUAUCAGUUCUUGUACAACAAUAACACGCGGCAGCAAACAGAGGCAAGAGAUGAUCUUCACUGUCCCUGGUGUACCCUGAAUUGCAGCAAACUCUACAGCCUGCUCAAACACCUCAAACUCUCCCACUCCCGCUUCAUCUUCAACUAUGUGCCUCACCCCAAAGGAGCCAGGAUAGACGUGUCCAUAAACGAGUGCUAUGACGGGUCGUACGUUGGCAACCCUCAGGACAUCCACAGCCAACCCGGCUUCGCUUUUAGCCGCAACGGCCCCGUGAAGAGGACCGCUGUAACUCACGUACUGGUUUGCAGGCCCAAGAGGACCAAACCGAGUCUGUCCGAGUUCCUGGAGACUGAGGACGGAGAGUUGGAGCAGCAGAGGACGUACGUCAGUGGACACAACCGCCUCUACUUCCACAGCGACAGCUGCAUGCCGCUGCGGCCCCAGGAGAUGGAGGAGGACAGCGAGGACGAGAGGGACCCGGAGUGGCUGAGAGAGAAGACUGGCACGCAACUGGAUGACUUCACCGACGUCAACGAGGGCGAGAAGGAAGUGAUGAAGCUGUGGAACCUACAUGUCAUGAAGUACGGUUUCAUCGCGGACAACCAGAUGAAUCAGGCCAUCAUGCUCUUUGCCGAGAAAGCCGGCGCUCACAUCGUCCGCCGCAACCUCUGCCGCAACUUCCUCCUGCACCUCGUCAGCAUGCACGACUUCAACCUGGUGAGCACCGCCACCAUCGACCGCGCCAUGGCCCGCCUGCGACAGAUCCAGGAGGAGCUCCCGCCCGCCGACGCGGAGCAGGCGCAGGCUCUGGUUUCGGCGGCGGCCUGCAACGGCAAUGCCAUCAGCUCGACGGGGGGGAAGCAGGGCAAGAGGACAAAAAGCGCACUAACGGACUGAUGUCGGAGGGAUGCAACAACAACAACAACAACAACUAACAACUGUUGUGUUUUUGUUUUUGGUAGGCUUUUUUCUUCUUUUUUUCUCCCUUGAGUGAACAUUACCAACCGUUUUCUGGCGCUUAGAUCGGUGCAAGAACCGGAGGAUCCGACCUGGAGCGGACUCGUACACAAGGUAGUAGAAAGUUCCCGGGAACUUGAGAACUGAACCAAAUAUGAAUAUAAAAAAAAAUGAAAGCACCAACGUCUGCACGAAUCAUGAAUUUGAGCGCUGGCCAAUGCAAGUGGGUCGUACUGAAUGUGCGUUUGGUAGGAGCCGCUGGCACAGGGAGAACGAAUGGAGUCUAGUGAUGUGGCACCAUGGCGUGUACGCGUUAGAGACCGCUGCGUCCGGACUACAGUUAAAACGUACUGGUAAUGUCACUCGUGAUUAUUUGUACACAAUCACCUUGUGGCGAUCUUUAUCCUUUUUAGCUGAUUUAUUUUUUAGCACAUGGUGUGUUUGUAUUUUAGAAGGGUUACCUUUUUUUUACAUUGUUUUUAUUCCUGCUGCGCCACAUGUUAACUGCAGCGUUUCCUCUGGUGUCAGUGGAGAAAAUGACUCUGAUAUGAAGGGUCAUACAGCUACAGUGAAAACCUACACCAUUGGCCUCCGUGGCUAGCGUGUGUUGGGA